UCCAGACCUUUCGAAGCCCCUUCGUCCGAAAGUAAAGACAAAACCCGCUCGAUCAGUCCCUUUUGCAGUCCUUGGCAACUCGACGAGCCGGAUACAAAUUUGCGCGAGUGGAAAUUGCGCUCCCCCCCCCCUCCUCCUCCUCCUCCUGAGCGCAAUAUCGAGAUCUGAAGAUGUCGGCCUCUUCACCCAUCCUGUACGAGGUCGGAUUGGCCAUCAAGAAUAUUGAUCCGGAUGGCAAAAAGUUUGACAGAGUUUCGCGCAUAGUGUUGGAGUGUCCCACCGAUAGCAGCAUCAAAGUUCUCUUGGACGUCGCCGUCGACCUGUAUCCUCUACAAAUAGGUAGGAGCAUCAAUAUGAAGCUGACGAACAGUCUGGAUCGGGGCGCGGGAAGGAUGGACGAGGUCAGUCUGGCGGAGAGGAACAAGGAUGCUUGGAGGUUGAAUGGGCCUAGUCUGGCCGAUGAGGCGGACUACGUGAUGCAUGGCAAAAUUUACAAGUACGACGAGACAGCAAGCACAAUCGUCACAGCGUAUGGGUCAUUUGGUGGCCUAUUGAUGGCACUGACGGCCGAGGCCGAUACGCUCAGCCGCUUGACUGUAGGCGGCAACGUGUUCCUCUUGCUCAAAUAGAAAAUGAACGCUUCCAAAGACAUGCUUUUGGUGGUGAAGCGGGAAUGUGCGAUAAGGAUGGAG